AUGGCUAGCCGUGCCUUCCGAAAUGGCAGUGAUCUUUAUCAGGAGGCUACUGUGUCUGAAGAUGCCAUUGGACCGCUGCAGGCUCCAGAGGAAAAAUGCACUGAGAUCAUCACCAGGUCUUACAAUCCUGACAGGAAGUUUUGGCAGCAGGUUCCGAAGUUGCCAGAUGAGAAGCCUCCCAAGAUCCCCAAGGAGGAGAUCAAGAUUGAUAUCCUUGCCCUCCGGGCAAAAGCCAUUGCUCGCUUGGAGAAGGACAAGGUGUCUCUGACCUUGAAAGGUCUGCCAGCAACACCACAGACCGGGAUUACCAAGGUUCCAUCCAUGGAGGGUGAUGAGAAACAGGAUGACAUUGAACCCAAGGUUUCUGGCAAGAGCUCGGGCCGCGGUCGUGGUAAAGGUCCUUCGGUCCCAGGUUUUGAAGACCCUCCAGUGGCUGCAGCAGCUCACCCCGAGGAAACGACAGCAGCUCAGCCCAAGGCCAAGGCCAAGGCCAAGGCCAAAGGUGCAAGAGCAGCCCGAAACACCAAGGGCACUUUCGCUGGCCGGCGUCCCCCAAGCAACCCUCAGAAGCUCGCGGUUUUCCUGAAAAUGAAGGAGUUGUACCAUGAGACCAAAUCCAAGCCCAUUCCUGGUGACCGGAAGAGGAAAGGAAAGGGCGCCAGUGAAACCCAAGGAGAGUACUGGGGAUUCAUGCAGCAGAAGAUGGCUGAGUUGGCAAAGCAAGGUGUCCAAGGAGGUGAACGCAUGAAGUUGGCAGCAAAGGCUUGGAAGGAACGCCCUGGCAAUGAAGGCAAGAGCAAAGCCAGUGCCAAGGCCAGUGCAGAGGUUCCAAAACCCACAGAGGGGACGAAAUGGAUCUUGUUUCAUGGCACAACAGAACCUGUGCGCUUGGACAUGCUCACCAGUGACCAAGAGCUGAUGUUGGAGAAUGGCACGCCGCAUGUCUAUGUGGAGGCACCUGAGCACUGA